AUGGGUAGGCGUAAGAUUGAAAUUCAACCGAUUCAUGAUGAAAGAAAUAGAACAGUUACAUUUAUAAAACGUAAAGCUGGUUUAUUCAAGAAAGCUCAUGAAUUGGCAGUCCUUUGCCAAGUAGAUGUCGCAGUUAUAAUAUUGGGUUCCAAUAACACUUUUUAUGAGUUUUCUUCUGUCGAUACAAAUGAUUUAAUAAAAUACUAUCAACAUGACAAAGAUUUAAAUCAUGAUGUUAAGGACCCCUCAUCUUAUGGAGCGUAUACUAAGAAAAAGAAAGUUACUUUGAAUCCUAAAUACCAUGGAAGAUCAAAGAAAGCAAGAGUAGGCAAACAUGAUCAAAAAAAAGACGAAGAAAUUGAAUUAGGUGCAGACUUUGAAGGUAAUGACGGUGAAGAUGAGGAUGAAGAAGGCCAAGAAUUCUCUCGAGAUGACAUAGAAGACAGUAAUACCACCAGCAGUAAUAAUAUGAUACCGCAAAGCAGCACUUCAGUUGUCUCUGAUGAUGACAGAACUGCUAAUACAUUAAGGAAUAUUACUAUUCACUCCACUUCAAACAAAAGAAGCCGAUCUGAAAAUAAUAUUGGACCAACUUUCAUAUACGAACGAACUAAGAAACCGGAUUUGAAUAAUAAUAAAAGACUUAAGAAAGAAUCAUCUGUCCUUAAUCCCUUACAACAGCAUGUACAGAAACAAUUUCAAAACCUUUAUCAUAUGACUUCAAAUUCACCAACUGAAUUACCAAAACUCUCUAAAUAUCAAGAAACAGCACCCAUGGUACCGUCCCCCACUGCAUCAAGUUCGUCCCCUAACAAUAGUACUAAUAACCACAAUGUAUCAUUAAAGCCGUCAUUUGCGAAAACUGAAAACGACAGUAAGGGCUCUCCAUUGAACCGAUUAAAUAUGCAAUUUUCUCCACCUAUUGGUAAUUCAGGGAAGGAGCCAUUUUCUUCUCUAGAUAAAGAUAAAAAUUCCUUAAGAAUUGGCUCUCGUCCCGUUUUAAGAGUACAAAUCCCAACGAAUAACAACACAUAUAACACAUCUGUAUAUAGUGAACCAUCAUCGGCAACAUCGAUCACUAGAUCAAUGAAUAAUAAUGGAUCACCUUCCAGAAUUGAUACAAAUUUUCAAAAUGAUUCAUUAAACAGGAAUGAUGGAUCAAAGAUCUCUAAAACACCUACUAAUACUUCAUAUUCAUUCACAGCUGGAUUACCACCAAUAUUCUCAGCCACAUCAGCUCUGCCUCAGUAUGUUGCAACUCCAUUACAAUCUGCCGCCGCUGCUAAUAGUGUUCAUCCAAACGGCAAUACAACAAAUAUCCAGAAUAAUAGUCAUGGGAACGAUUUUAUCCAAAAUUCAUCAUCUUAUUUUUUGCAAAGACAAUCGCAAAACUCUCAACAACAGCAACAACACCAACAAAGGCAACAAUCUCAACCACAACAGCACCAACAACAACCGCAGCAACCACAGAAUAUUCCGAAACGACUCCAACUCAAAUCAGGACAAACAGGACUAUAUGAUAGAUUAUUUUCCCCCAUCUUAGCAGAAGAUCCUUCAGGCCCAAGAACGGGAUCACUACCAUCCAAAUUUGUACAUGAUUUAAUAAUCCCUUCUCCAAGCGCAAAUAUGCCCAUGUUUCAAGAUUGGUCCUUAGGUCCAGAGAGUGCUAAACUAGGAGCUAAUAAUUCAUCUCUACGAGGCUCGUUCAAUAAUUCAAGGAUUGGUCCAAAUAACAACAAAGAGAAUAUCACUAAUAAUAACAGUAAUAAUAAUAACGUUAACAACACGACGACAAAUAAUAGUACUAAUAUUAAUGCAUCAACUCAAUAUUCUUUUAGUGGGUCAACCGGGUUAACACCAUAUAUAACAAGUCAAACUCCAUUAAGUAAUAGAUUCUUCAAUUUUUCAACAGAAGUAGAUGAUGAUAAGAAAAAAAUGAAUAAAACUGAUACAGUUGCCGAUCUUAAUAUUGAUGGUAAAAAAAACUAA